CUACAUUGUUGACAGGCCUCCCAGUCAUGAACUCUAUCUGCCACCCUACACAAGUGGGUUGUCUUAGUCUAGAGUGGCCUCUGCUCCCAGCGCUCUCUUGGCUGCAUGGGUUCCUGUGCGCCUGCACCAGCUAGUCGUCUUCUACUGUCACGCACACUGGUAUGCUCUGGCAGGUACAAACUGAAAGCUGCUCACACAUCUCGUUGAAACGUUUCCCCAGGUAUUUGAUUGACAGUCGGUGGUUCAAACAGUGGAAGAAGUAUGUGGGUUUUGACAGCUGGGACAUGUACAACGUGGGCGAGCCUAACCUGUUUCCUGGACCCAUUGAUAACUCUGGACUCUUUGCAGAUCCUGAAAUACAGAUCUUAAAAGAACAUCUCAUUGAUGAGCUGGAUUAUGUGUUGGUUCCCACUGAAGCCUGGAAUAAGCUAGUGAGCUGGUAUGGCUGUGUAGAUGGGCAGCAACCUAUCUUAAGAAAAGUGGUGGAGUACGGCCUGUUUGUGAAGCAUUGCAAAGUGGAAGUUUACCUCCUGGAGCUGAAGCUGUGUGAAAACAGUGAUCCCACCAAUCUGUUGACCUGUUGUUUCAGCAAAGCAGACGCUGUUGCUACCAUUGAGAAGGAAAUGCGACAGCUGUUUAAUAUCCCCAGCGAGAAGGAAACUAGGUUAUGGAGCAGAUAUAUGAGUAACUCCUAUGAACAGGUCAGCAAUCUGGACAGCACUGUACAAGAUGCAGGGCUCUAUCAUGGUCAGGUGCUGUUAAUAGAAGUGAAGAAUGAAGAUGGUACAUGGCCUAGGCAGUCUCUAUCGACAAAAUCAUGCACUGCAACUAGCAGAAAUUGUACUGCUGCUUCAGCAUCAUCACUAAGUUCUUGCUCCUCAGUGUCUGCCUCUUCUGCCAUUGCAAAUGGUGAUAGCAGUAAUUCCUAUGGACUGACCAGCUCCAGCCUUGGUGGGGGAGUCUCCAGCGCUUCCUACAACUCUUACAGCUGCAUGGAGUCCCCUUCCCAGUCACAGCCUGGCAUCUGUGGUCUCAGUAACCUGGGAAACACCUGCUUCAUGAACUCUGCAUUGCAGUGUUUGAGCAACACCCCACCUCUGACGGAGUAUUUCCUGGAAGAUCGAUAUGAGGCGGAAAUAAAUCAUGACAAUCCUCUGGGGAUGAGAGGGGAAAUUGCAGAGGCGUAUGCAGGACUCAUUAAGCAGAUGUGGUCUGGGAGACACUCUCACGUGGCACCACGUAUGUUCAAGGUCCAGGUUGGCCGUUUUGCCCCUCAAUUCUCAGGGUACCAGCAGCAAGAUUCUCAGGAGCUCUUGGCAUUCCUCCUGGAUGGCUUGCACGAGGACUUGAACCGUGUGAAGAAGAAGCCCUACUUGGAGCUCAAGGAUGCCAAUGGCAGGCCUGAUUCGGUGGUAGCGAAGGAAGCCUGGGAGAAUCAUAGAUUAAGGAAUGACUCUAUCAUCGUGGAUAUUUUUCAUGGCCUUUUCAAAUCCACCCUGGUCUGUCCAAAAUGCUCUAAAGUUUCUGUGACUUUUGACCCUUUCUGCUAUUUAACUUUGCCACUGCCCUUGAAGAAAGAUCGUUCCAUGGAUGUUUCUGUGGUGUUUGCAGACCCACAUCGUAGACCUACUCAGUAUCGGGUAGUUGUGCCAACGAUGGGAGCAGUAUCUGACCUGUGUGAAGCGCUCUCCAAACUCUCCAAGAUCCCUGCAGGAAAUAUGGUGGUGACAGAUGUUUAUAAUCACCGGUUCCACAAAAUUUUCCAAAUGGAUGAAGGGUUAAGUCACAUCAUGCCAAAAGACAACAUCUUUGUGUAUGAGGUGUGCAAGCCGGGUGUGGAUGGCGUCGAGAGCGUCACUCUCUCUGUGUACUUCAGGGACAAGAGACUAAGGCAGUCCGGCACUUCUGGGGCUGUGCUUUGUGGCCAGCCCCUGCUCAUCUGUGUGCCAAAGCACAAACUCACACUGGAUCACUUGUACAGUGUUCUCUUGGAGCAGAUUGGCCGCUACCUUAAAUUCCCUCCGGCCAAGGAAUCGUCUCGUGUGUGCCAGGAUGCUGGGAUCUGCAAUGGUUCCAGUGGUGGCUGCGAAGUUGAAGAGAUGGAGCAUCAGGACGGAGAUGAGGAAUGCAGGACAAAAGCACCCGAGACAGACUCCUGCCAGUCGCAGGGCUGUGCGCAAGAUUCGCCGGGGAAGGAAGGGCAACAUUGCAAGAAGCCUCUCUUCACCUUUAGCCUGGUGAAUUCCUACGGGACCUCGGAGAUUAACUCAGUUGUGACCGAGGGAAAACUUCUCCAGCUGAACUCGCACGCCACACUAGCUAUCGACUUGGAGCCACACACCUGGGAGCUGCUGUCUGAGGAGCAGGAGUCGCAGGCCUUUGACAAGGAUGUCAGUGUGCUGCACUCGCAGAAGAAGAAAACUCCUGUAGCUCUUAAAGACUGUAUAGAACUCUUCACUACAAUGGAGACGCUUGGUGAACAUGACCCCUGGUACUGCCCUAACUGCAAGAAGCAUCAGCAGGCCACAAAGAAGUUUGAUCUGUGGUCUUUGCCCAGGAUUUUGGUGGUGCAUUUAAAACGCUUCUCGUACAACAGAUACUGGAGGGAUAAGCUUGACACUGUGGUUGAAUUCCCCAUCAGGGAUUUGAGCAUGUCCCCGUUUGUCUGUGACCCGACUGCUGAUCCGUACGUGUACGACCUCAUCGCCGUAUCCAAUCACUACGGGGCCAUGGGAGUAGGCCACUACACUGCCUAUGCCAAGAACGAUGUGAACGGCAGAUGGUACUACUUCGACGACAGCAGCGUGUCGCUGGCUUCGGAAGAUCAGAUAGUGACAAAAGCCGCGUACGUGCUGUUCGGGACAGCAGGCCUCCUGCAGCCCCAUCUCCGCCUGCAGAGCGCGAGCCGGCGUCGGCCGCGUGUGACGGCAUGGAUACCAACUGAGUCCUGCUGGCUCUGCGCUGUUCGAUGCCUUGUCUGGAGCAUCUGGCAGUCGCUGCUCUGCCUUGGGUGGGGUUCUCAAGCAGGAGCCCUAGGGUGGGGGUUGUGCCCGGUGUCGAGAGAACACGGGAGCUAAGCAUGAGCCGACAGUGGGGGCGUAGAGGCCAUUCUAGACAGCAAAGCUUCAAUAUGUUUUAGUCAAUCCGGGUGGCUGGAGCUGGGGGAGGCGGGGCUGGGGCAGGGCGGGUGGCUGCAGGGUCUUGCAGAGAUGACAGGUGUCAUUUGGGCACAUUGUCAUGCCUGAUCUGCAUAGCUGUCACGCCCUGAGCGAGUCUCUGUCUCAUCCUAUUAGGCUGAGUGUGUGAGAUUCCUGCCGCGCCUCUGCCCCACUCCCCGCUCUGCAUGGCUGCAGCGCCCGGGCCUCUUUUCUGCCUUUGCACCUUCUUUUCCUGUGCGUUUGCUCUGGGCCCUGUCUGUGGGUGACCUCUGUGCUGCAGCUGAGCAGGGGCUUUCCCACGUGCAGACAGUGCAUCGUUCUGGCCCCACAAAAGUAGGAAAUUCAUCGGAGCUGAAAUGGCCACCACCCUGUGCUCUCCUUCUCCCCCUCCCCCCACACGAAAACCUUGUUGGUUCAGUGCACCAGGGGGCCCGGCUGCUGGGUAGGCAGCCUGGCAUGCCAUCCUCCCCGAUGCUAACCCCUGCCCAGCAGCAGGCUUUCUCCCUCGCCAUACCAACCUUUCUCUCUCCUCCUCCGCUGUCCACGUGGCUCCCGUCCCGUCCCAGCCCUGCCCAGCCCUCCUGCUGCUUUUCCUAGCUGUUAAAAGGGAGGAGGAAAGGCACUGGCUGGGAACGCCGGACAGGGUUAGAGCUGCAUUCACUAGGCUUGCUGUGCAGAAGGCAGCUGCUGUGUGCCCAGCCCUCUGGUUAGCAGCACACACAGUUAGCAUAGAGAGGAUCUCUUGGGGCACUGAGCUUUGAGUUUUUAGCUCCUAACUGCUGAUGCUUCUGCCGUUUGGUUCUUGGUUUGUUUGGGUUUUUACAUCUUGCUAAGUGGAUAUUGUUUCUCCCUCUCUAGGGGCUAAGUUUGAACUGUAGCACUGCACUGGGUUUUUUGUUUGUUUAUCAUCUUUGUGCAUUUUCCCCUCAAUACCCUUAAAGUAAAAAUUUGGGGAGACGGGGAAAAGAAAAGAUCCUAUUAAAAAUGAAGAAUAUAAUGUAACAAAUGUGCUUCCCCCUCCAUAUUGACACAAGAAACCUGGCCACUUUUUUGUAUGCUCAGACUGAAAAACAUCCAUCAGGCUGAAUGGCUGAUUCUGGACCCUGAAUUGAAAUCUCUUCCAAUACACUGCAGCAGAAAGGGUGACAGGAAUCUGGCUGUCUGCCUGGCAGCUGAUCGGGUUCUGACUGGCGUGUACAUUCUGUAUCAUGUCAAAUGGGUUUUUAAGACUGGCACUUUGUAAGUGGCUGACUUUAUUGUACCAGGAGGAAUAAAGAAGAGUGGUUUGCACUGCAGU